AUGUCCGAUGCUCGUUUGCCUCGAUCUAUCAAUUCAUCAACCCAGGCCAUUCAAGCUUUAGCCAAAACUACUUCUACUGAUCAGCCUCCUUCACCGCAACCCUUGUCGGUACAAGGUCUCCAGGACGGAGGCUCUCGUUCAUCAUCGACAGGUAGCGUCGCUUCUGCUACUCGCAAUUCGCCGUCGUUCCCUUCAUCUGAGCAAGAUAUUCAAGACUCUGUAAUGUUUUCCACAAUUAUUGACCACACUCGUGGCCUUCUCCCUCGAAGGGAGUCUCAAGGACCAGCUGUCGGCGUCGGCGAUUUUGAUCACACGCCUCCUGCCAGUGGGCGUCCAUCCGUGGACAUCCCAAGAAAGAAGCAUAAGGGAGAAGGCAUCAGAUCUCAACAACUACUUCAUAAACCAUCCCAGAUCGACAGCCUUCUUUCUACUAAAGAUCAACAUACGUUGAUGGUCUCGAAACCUCUCAUGAACUUGAACCGAGAGGAACGAGAACAGCCAGUCCCUCAUGCGGACACUCAGGGCCAUGUUGACGGGCUCCCAUUUUGGAACUUUCGGCCCAUUCUUUCUCAGCAUUCACCUAAAGAUCAUGCGACUCGACAGCGCAGUAGAUCUAGUUCGUUGAAUUACUUCUCUGACCAUGCCAAAGAUCCAUCUUGCCCAAAUCUCAACACUGAUCUGGCUCCCGUAAGCCCUGGCAGCCAGGAGGGGGAACCAAGCCCAUGUAAUGAUACCCAAUCACCCAGCGCUGGGAUACCAGAAGUCCAGCUGAUCAAACUGCACGAUCGCCACGAUAGUCUCCACGACUCGAAUGCGCAACUAUCCACACCGGCUGGAUCCGGCGAACCGUCGAUCGCAUAUGCGCAACCAUCAGGUCGAAGCCGAUCUUUUGGGUCAAUCAUGGAUUAUUUGUGGAAAAGCCAAUGGUUGAAACGUUUGUCACGGCUAAGCGGAUCGCUCGAUCCCAUGCUUAAAGAAACAUCACUUCGAACGAAGUUGAUUAGAGCUGAUGAUAGGCGUCCAUCAGAACCUGUACUGCCGAGCAACCAAGUUCCGCACAGACUAUCCUCUUGGUCGCCCUUGCCUGGUCAACCGGAUCAUCACGUUGACGGCCUAUUGUUUAAACACACUUUCAGUAAUCUCGAAAGGCUUGUUGACGAGGCCCUCUCGCUUACAUUAGAGGUAGCUGACCAUUCGGAGACUGCGAUUCACGACAACCAAAAUUCUCUUCCUGAAGCAGGGGAUCCAGAUUCGGUUACUAAGCCAAACACAUGGCCUGAAGCCCAAGAAGUAAACGAAGUGGUUACAGAAGCCGAAAGCAGCCAAAACCACCAUGGGAAGCCACAAUAUAGACGUGCUGCCACGUACACCACCGUACCAAUACGUCCACGCUUAGCUGAUAUCGUCGAGAGUUAUUCGGGAACGUAUCAGGAGCUUCGGACGAGAACUCACAUCGACCGCGCACGCCAGGGAAGCUUCUCGAGACAAAUACCACAUGGUGUCUUCUCACGGUCGCCCAGUCACGCAACAAAGGUGGAGCCCAAACGCAAGUCUGUCACACUGGAGGAUCUCCUCAGCACGGUUACUUCUCUCAAGCCGGAUGGUCAUAGUAAAGGCACUGAAGCCAAGAUUCAAAAGGGUGCUUCAUCUAUUAGCCUCCCAUCGGCCAUUGGAAGUGGAACUGGACGAGAUGCCCUACAGGAGAAUGACGUCGCUGGUAGGAGGUUGCACUACGAACAUGGGAUUAACCUACGAAAGAGAUCACACGUCAGUCUACGUGAUACGCGUGGAUUCAAUCUUCCAAAGUCACACGUAAGGCAUCCAAUUGCGAGAGACUGGUCACCAGUUCGGAAGCGCUUUGUUGCUUCUGUCGCUUGCUUGAGUACAGCCCUCAUUGGAGUACUCCUUGGAAUCUACACGGGCCUGGUUCCUUCAAUUCAGUACUACAUCGUGGAUCAGUCGCACGUUGCUAUUCAUGGCAACACCGGUUGUUUCCUAGCUCUUGCGUUGCCCUCGUUCUUUCUUUGGCCGUUGCCGCUACUUCACGGUCGGAAACCAUAUAUCAUGUCAAGCCUCAUCAUUGCAAUGCCAUUGCUUUUCCCCCAAGCGAUCGCUGUCAGUAAUCAAAGAUUGACAAACACCACCUACUGGCGAGCCAUGCUUCUGACUUGCCGUACACUGAUGGGUGGCUCAUUGGGAUUUGCCAGCAUGAACUUUCACUCGGUUCUGACAGACCUGUUUGGUGCAUCUCUGAUGUGUAGACACCCGCAUCAAGAAGUUGUUGACCAAUUUGACGCAAGGAGGCACGGGGGAGGCAUGGGAAUCUGGCUUGGAAUCUGGACCUGGUGCUGGAUUGGAUCCCUCGGUGUUGGGUUUCUCAUCGGUGCCGCCAUUAUUGACAGACAUCCUCCGGCCUGGGGGUUUUAUGUCAGUAUCAUAUUGAUUGCAGUAGUGUUGAUCCUCAAUGUGAUAUGCCCCGAAGUACGAAGGUCUGCAUUCCGACGAUCUAUUGCAGAAGUCCGAACUGGAGGAGACAUUUCGCGACGUUUAGCCCGAGGAGAAGUCAUGAUGCAUCGAGUCAAGACAGGCCCCAAGUGGUGGGGUCAAGAAGCAUAUCAUGGGGUUCGCUUAUCCCUGGAGAUGCUUGAACAACCUGGUUUUGCCGUGAUGGCGAUUUAUGUCUCAUGGAUAUAUGCGCAAAUCGUUCUUGUCAUUAUCCUCAUGGGCUCGCUUGUCUCUCGAUUCUACCGCCUACGAUCACCAUAUGUCGGUCUCCAUGUUGCCGCAGUGGCUGUCGGCGCCCUGCUUGCAAUCCCUUUCCAAAAGGCCAGUAUCUUCUCGAGAUCUCGUCGUCGAGAAGGCAAGUCCAAUCGAGAGACCAUAGGCAAAAAGGUCGCAUGGUCAUCGCAUCUCAUUCGCCGGGCCAUCUUCACGAUAUCCUUGCCCAUCGGAGCUGCCUGUUAUGCCGCCGUCUCUUCUGGGCCACCGAUCAGCUCUAUCGUUCCAGCUUUCUUUGCUCUGUGCAUGGGCUUUUUGUCGUGUCUUGCAAUUUCUGAAUGCAAUGGCCUCAUCAUGGAAACGUUCGAUACUUCAGACCUAUCUCCUGGCAUGGUAGGUCUCCACCGUGAUCCAUCGGGUCAAGACCAUCGAAGGACCAACUACUCGUCCUUUCCAAGAGUUACAGCAGGUUUUGCUAUAAUACACUCCCUUUCAUAUAUCCUGGCAGCAGGCGCAACUGCUCUAGGCGGCCAUGUGACCCGAAAGCUUGGGCAGCAAGUCGCAACAUGCGUUGUUGCAGGCAUACUCUUCUUGUUGACAGUCUUGUUACUUCUCGUACUCAUAAGGUUCAAGAAUGUACUCAUCAUACCUCGAUCAAAGUCCGAGGAGAUGGAAAAACUGACCCAAGCUCGACGCCAAUCUUCCCAACGCCGUGCUACUAUGCCCAACGACAUACGUGCUUUGAUGGAAGAAGAUCGCGCUUGGCGGCCUGCGAUGACGGGCAACCCAAUGGGCAAAAAUCGUCGGAUGAAUGUGCUUGAAAUGGGAAACUUGACACGAUGGGAGGACAUUCGAAGGAGAAACAGGCUCAUAGAUUCAGGUGUACAUAUCAACCGCGAAACACUAGAUCAUGGGCUGGAGGCUUUGGACGUUGCUCUAGAAACCCACGUUGACGAUAUGCGACAGAAUGCCCAGGGAUUUUUCAGGCGAGGAAGUUUGAGAAGACAUGGAAGCCGCCGCCUGCGACGCAGCAACCAAAGCAGAAGCAGUGAGCAAACUUUCCAUGACCUAGAGUUGGAUACGUUUGAGCCUGUUGGAACACCGGGCGAGUCAUCUCAGCAGCCACGACAAUUUGCUGAGAGGGAUUGUGUGAUGGGUCAGGCAAUCAAGGAGGAGGACAAAGGCGAGAAUCAAGCUGGGGCAAGCAACUCUCGCAAGGAUGUUUGA